AUGUUUCCAGUUAAGAAACUUAUUCAAGAUGUAGAGACAAGGUGGAAUUCUACCUAUCAUAUGCUGGAACGCUUCGUGCAGCAAAGUAAUCUUGUCACCACUACUCUUUGCUUGCUUGGAAAAAAUUAUUUGUGUCUCAGUAAUGAUGGGCUUAGUCUCAUAAAAAAAGUCAUACUUCUCCUGGAAUACUUCGAUGAAGCAACUAAAGAAAUAUCAGAAGAAAAGUUUACAUCACUCUCCAAGGUCCUUCCAAUUGUAAGAGGGCUGCAAGACUCUCUGCAAGUGAUUGAUGACGACGUGGAUGUUCAGUUAUGUGAGGAACUCAAAAAACAUCUAAAUCGGAGAUUUGCCGCUAUGGAAGGAAUCUUCUAUAUUGGGGCGUCAACCAUUCUAGACCACAGAGUUAAGAAAUUACCCUUCUCAGAUGCUUCUAACAUCAAGGUCACAGAAGAGCAUUUAAUAAGCAUAUUGCACUCUCUGAACACAAAUGAAAGAUCAGAAAGUUCUGUGGCACCUUCAGUGCUGAGCCUCCCUGAAUCAACAAUAAAAUCAGGGAAAAAAUCUCUUUGGAAUACCUUUGAUGCUAAAGCAGAAAAGAUCUCACAGACAGUCUCGAAUCCAUCUUCUGAGGCAAUAAUAGAAUUGAGGCGAUAUUUUGAGGAGCCAAGAAUUUCCAGAAUUGAAGAUCCCCUCUCGUGGUGGAAGAAAAAGGCACCCAUAUUUCCAAACCUCUCAAAAGUUGCAAAAAGAAUCUUAUGUGUACCAGCAACAUCGGUACCAUCUGAAAGGCUCUUUUCAAAAGCAGGAGAAUUAAUAUCACAAAGGCAAAGCACUCUCAAAGACAAAAAUGUAAACAUGAUUCUUUUCCUCAACAAGAACUUAAAAUAA